UCUUGUUUCAGUUGAUCUUUUAACGACAAGUUUUCUCACAUGGCCCCAAAAAUCAUCCGCCCUGAUGGUUUAGUUGAAAGUGGUUAUCUAGUGUUGUUAAUUGUGCUAAAUAUUGACGCAAAAACAUUGUGGCUAGAUUCAGAAGGAGCAAAUGUAUGCGGGAAAAUGUGAGGUGAGACAAUCUUUCUUGUCUGCUUGUUGGAUAUUUCGAAUCAUAAGUAUUUCGAAAACAUUAGGAAAACGAAUCCAAAAAUGUGCUUGAAAAGUGUAGUUUUAGAGUGACGUCUUUCUCAAUAUAUAUGAAUAUAUUUGAAAAGUUUCCAGAUGAAUCAGUUUUCAAAAUGUGUGUGAGUACAUACAGGAGGAAUUUCACUUUUUGCAUCUGAGAUCAAUUGGGCUGAACGUCGAAUCAGCGUUUGAAGCAAUUAAGUCAAACAGCCUAUCUUGAGAAAUUUUUACUGGYAUUUCAUUUUCUGUUAAAAAGAAAAAAAACUUUAAUUUCAAAAUAUUUUCACUASAAUAAGCGCUAAGAUCGUUCUUUGGUGAAACAGGGUUAAACCUCUUCUUGCAUUUUUGGACGAUCUCUUGUCGUUUAUUAUGCCCAUUAAGARUGAAUGAGCAUGAGCGUCGUGGUAUUAUGCAGUUUAUGUUAUGUACCAUCGUUUUUUACCCUUAGUUUAAUUACCUCUUUCUGUUGUUGAAAGAAUUCUUGCACUUGUGCACUAGAGCUGAAUCGAUAGUCGAUACUAUUCCGAACCGUUUCCUGCGCCUUCAAGAAAAAAAAACCGUAUUGUGUGCUUUAACUGUAUCAAAGCGAGAUGACCAGUGAGUGUGCAAUGAUAAAAACUUUCAGUCACAUCUAUUAGGAAUUAAUCACAGGUAUCUAUCAUUUCACGCUCAACGGUCGUAUCACUUUGAUGCAAAGACACCGCUGUUUAUUUACCUUUCAAGAUGGCGGAAGAAACGACUCGAAGAAGACUUAUAUAACCGUUGAAAGUUAUCCUUUAGCAGCAUAGUUGACUGAUGUGAUGAAAAUACAAAAUGUAGCCGGAGCCGCUAAGUGUCUAUCUCGCCUAUUCCCUGAUGAUGCUGUAGACAGCGAAAGCUCGGAAUCAUAUUUUUGUUGUAAACUCCAUCUACACACUUAGCGGCUCCGGCUACAUUUUGUAUUUUCAUCACUUAUAUAACCCUUUUGCAUUUCUUCUAUAUUCGAUAAAAUUGCAAUAAAAACAAAAUACAUGUGUGGAUAUGUGGUAAUAAGUUCCUUAACAAAUCAACAUUUGUUUUGUAAAAGCUAUUACUAUAACUACACGGCUUCUUAUAUGUACACAAGAACGGUUAGUUACACAACGUCGUGUGGGAAGUGGUCGCGAUGCACACGUUACAGGGCAGCAUAUUAUACCAAAUACCGUGAAGAAACAAGACGAUCUUACAAAACAGAGUACGGAUGCUGCACUGGAUGGAGACAAGUACGGAACGAAUGUCCUAAUGCCAUUUGCAGACAAAGUUGUGUCCACGGCAAUUGCACAAGACCCAAUGUCUGUUCGUGUUAUWCUGGUUACUAUGGAAACAGGUGUGACAUAGACUGCCCGCCAGACAAGUGGGGUGCCCACUGCAAGUACGACUGCCUGUGUACAAACAACGCUACAUGUUCACCUCAUACUGGCAACUGCUCGUGUACCCCAGGCUGGGAGGGAAAGUAUUGUAAUAAACCAUGUGAUCAGGGUUACUAUGGAGACAAGUGUCAAAGUGUAUGCCAAUGUCAAAAUGGUGCAGUUUGUGACGUCAUUAGUGGAAAYUGCACAUGCGCACCAGGAUAUCACGGUGAAAGAUGUGAGAUGCCAUGUUAUUCCGGUUCUUAUGGUCAGAACUGUACUUUCCAAUGCGCAUGUCAAGAGAAUACCGUCUGUGAUCACGUGAAUGGCACGUGCUAUUGUUCGUCAGGGUGGACUGGUGACAUCUGCAAUCAAACGUGUCCUCAUGGUACAUACGGCGACCGCUGUGCACAGCAAUGCUUGAAUUGCAUGAACGGGGCUACAUGUGAUCACGUGACCGGCAUUUGCGUAUGCAAGCCUGGUUACAUAGGAGACAGGUGUCAAGAUACUUGCCAAGGAGGGACGUAUGGACUCAAAUGUUUAAAGAAAUGCGGAUGUCAAAAUAACGCCAUCUGUUCACCCAUCAAUGGCUUCUGUAACUGUACCUCGGGGUUUACCGGCGUGCAUUGCGAUGAAACACAAUCUGUCGACACGACAAKWCAAACCAAAGAUGAACAGUUGCUUUUCAUCAUCAUCAGUGCUGGURCUGUUUUCUUUGUAAUAGUGACAGCAACUGCAGUAGGAUGUUUUAUAAGACACAAACGAUCGAAACGCAAGCCAGAGARAGACGAAACCGCUGACAAUCCACAGUCCACAGAGAGCAAUGAAGAGCAACAUUAUSAGUCUCUUUCCUCUAUACCRMURACCACUCUUCMCAGUGAUGCCAUACACUCAAAGUGUUAUGUAGAUAACAAUGUUCACGACACCUCUACAGUCGUCCGCCCACAAUCCACAGCGACUUUUGAUGACUAUUACAUGGCGCUUCACAACUCUGGAAAUAAGACGAUUUACGAGGUUUCGCCUGUAUGUAACCGGGUUGAAAAGCAUAUUCUACUGAAUACCGYCAAGAAACAAGACGAUCUUACAAAACAGAGUACGAAUGCUGCACUGGAUGGAGACAAGUACGGAACGAAUGUCCUCAGGCCAUUUGCAGUCAAAGUUGUGUCCACGGUACUUGCACAAGACCCAAUGUCUGUUCUUGUAAUACUGGUUACUCUGGAAAUACGUGCAGUAGAGCUAUUUGUAGUCAAGGUUGUGUCCAUGGUGUUUGCGCUAGGCCCAAUGUCUGCAGAUGUACAAGUGGUUAUUCUGGAAGCCGGUGCAACACAACCAUUUGUAGUCAAGGUUGUGUCCAUGGUGUUUGCGCCAAGCCCAAUGUCUGCAGAUGUACAAGUGGUUAUUCUGGAAACCACCAUUUGUAGUCAAGGUUGUGUCCAUGGUGUUUGCGCUAAGCCCAAUGUCUGCAGAUGUAGAACUGGUUAUUCUGGAAGCCGGUGCAACACAGCCAUUUGUAGUCAAGGUUGUGUACAUGGURUUUGYGCUAAGCCCAAUGUCUGCAGAUGUAGAACUGGUUAUUCUGGAAGCCGGUGCAACACAGCCAUUUGUAGUCAAGGCUGUGUUAACGGUGUUUGCGCUAAGCCCAAUGUCUGCAAGUGCAGUAUUGGUUACUCUGGAAACAGGUGUGACAGAGACUGCCCGCCACACAAGUGGGGUGCCCACUGCAAGUACGACUGUCUCUGUAAAAACAACGCUAMAUGUUCACCUCAUACUGGCGACUGCUCGUGUACCCCAGGGUGGGAGGGAAAGUAUUGUGAUAAACCAUGUGAUCAGGGUUACUAUGGAGACAAGUGUCAAAGUGUAUGCCAAUGUCAAAAUGGUGCAGUCUGUGACGUCAUUAGUGGAAACUGCACAUGCGCACCAGGAUAUCAUAGUGAAAGAUGUGAGAUGCCAUGUUAUUCCGGUUCUUAUGGUCAGAACUGUACUUUCCAAUGCGCAUGUCCAGAAAAUGCCGUCUGUGAUCACGUGAAUGGCACUUGUAAUUGUACUUCUGGAUGGAUAGGUGAUCGAUGCGUAAGUCAAAAGUCUCUUUGUGACGAUGGUCAUUGCAUGCAUGGAUCAUCUUCUGUCGACACGACAAUUCAAACCAAAGAUGAACAGUUGCUUUUCAUCAUCAUCAGUKCUGGUGCUGUUUUCUUUGUAAUAGUGACAGCAACUGCAGUAGGAUGUUUUAUAAGACACAAACGAUCGAAACGCAAGCCAGAGAAAGACGAAACCGCUGACAAUCCACAGUCCACAGAGAGCAAUGAAGAGCAACAUUAUCAGUCUCCUUCCUCUAUACCACUGACCACUCUUCCCAGUGAUGCCAUACACUCAAAGUGUUAUGUAGAUAACAAUGUUUACGACAYUCCUACUGUCGUCCGUCCACAAAAAUGCACAGCGGUUGAUGACACGGAUGACCAUUACAUGACACUUCACAACUCUGCAAAUAAGACGAUUUACGAGCCGCUGUCAGCAGUUACACGAAGCAAGACUGGGUUUCCUGYAKYUGAACAUGGAAGAGGAAUGGAAUCUAAUCGAAUGGCUGCGAAACUCCGUCAGUUACUAGCUCAAACUAUCUAUUUUGUACCAAUUGUACUAAAUAUUAUUCAUAAUGGACAAGCACUCGAUCUAAAUGGAGCAAACGUGUGUCAAAAGAGAGUCAGUUUUAUCCAGUUUUACAAGCAGUCCUACCAAUACACAAGGAAAGUUAGUUACACAACGAAAUGCGGGUUUCUAGGCUGGGGAAGAUGCACACGUUACAGGACAGUAUAUGGCGUAAAGUAUCGUGAUGCGUCAAGACAAACUUACAUGAUGGUUACUGAAUGCUGCAAGGGAUGGAAGCAAGUAGGGAACCAAUGUCCACUAGCUAUUUGUAUUCAAAGAUGUGUCCAUGGGACUUGCACACAACCCAACAACUGUGCAUGUAGUGCUGGAUACCAUGGAAACCUAUGUGAACUAGAAUGCCCGCCACACAAGUGGGGUGCCCACUGCAAGCACGACUGUCCAUGUAAAAACAACGCUACAUGUUUACCUCAUACUGGCGACUGUUUGUGUACCCCAGGGUGGGAGGGAAAGUAUUGUGAUAAACCAUGUGAUCAGGGUUACUAUGGAGACAAGUGUCAAAGUGUAUGUCAGUGUCAAAAUGCUACACAUUGUGACGGCAUUAGUGGGAACUGCACAUGCGCACCAGGAUAUCAUGGUGAAAGAUGUGAGAUGCCGUGUUUACCCGGUUCUUAUGGUAAGAACUGUGCUUCAAAAUGCGCAUGCCCAGASAAUGCAGUCUGUGAUCACGUGAAUGGCACGUGUAGUUGUGCUGCUGGAUGGAUAGGCAAUCAAUGCUCAAGUCAAASGUCUCUCUGUAACGAUCACAAUUGCAUGCACGGGUCCUCGUGUAAUCACGUGACUGGCACGUGCCAUUGUUCAUCGGGUUGGACUUUUUUGUAUCUCAUUGUGUAA